AUGCUAUCCAUAGCACUCAUUUGCUUAUGUGCUAAUUUUAUGGCAACAGCAGACUUUUAUUGAGAAAGCGGUAAACCAAAACAUUCUAACUCUGGCAUUCAAUUUUUAAUUCCUUUAACAAACCAAGAAAACGUGAUUUCUAGUUAGUUUGCCUAUUUUACUAGUGUAAAUUUAGGUACUCCUCCUCAAAGUUUUAAUUUGAGCAUAGAUACAGCUGGCUAUAGGAUAUUAGUGCCUGACAAAGAUUGUGAAUCUUGCACAGAUUUUACAAACUUCUUUAUUCCAUAUGACUCAGAUACCUACCAAGGUCCAUUUCAAACUAUAAGAGUCAACUUCAGUGAAGAUGAGUAUGUCAUAGGCAAUUUAAGCUCAGAAACAACUUCUUUAGGGUCUGAAACAAUUGCAGUGGCUGAAGCUCAAAGCUUUUUAUUAAUUGAAGAAGAUAAUCAGGUAAAAUUUGAAAAAGAUGGCUUAUUUGGAUUAGGGUUUAACUUAGAUGAUGACACUCCUACCUACAUACAGACACUAGCUUAUUAAAUCAUAUUCUAAUUAUUACGUACAACACCAGGUUGCCAGCUACCUCUAAAAAUGAUCUGGAACAUUCGCGCCAAUCCUCCAGCCAACCAAAGUGUGGCCAACUCGGCCUUGCUUCACGAUGGGAACUCCAGUCUUGAAGUUUGGACUUCACUUUCUUGAAUUUAAGAUAACUACUUGGGUCUGUCAGAAUACUAAAUGAUCUUUGAAUCCACCACCUGGGGCAGGUGGUACCCUUCAGAAAAUUCAAUUCCAUGUUGUAAGGAAAAACCACCCGGCUCUGUCUUCUCUAACAUAGCAGGAUAUUUCACCAAGGAAAAUUAAUCCUCAUAUUUAAAAUAUAUAUACAAGGGAUGAAUUUUCGGUCAGGAACCAGAAAACUCGAAUGUUGCCAUUCUUUAAUUAUAGCUCUUGCUUAUCAACAAGUAAUAAAAUCACCAAUUUUUUCUUUGUUUUUAAGCAAUAUAAAUAGAAAAAAUCAGCCAGCAUCAACUCUUAUUAUAGGAGGGACUGAUGAUAGAUUCUCUGAAGGCUCAUUCACAUACUUGGAGUUAGCUGAUUUUAGAGGCUACUGAGAAAUAAAUAUUACUGAAAUAUCUGAUCCAAUUAGACCUAUGCCAAUACGUGGCGAAACUGCAAUUAUUGACUCAAGGGCUGCGAUGAUUUGAGGGCCAAGUGCUUAUAUAGACCAGAUUCUUUAUUAUUUUCAAGAAAAAUUCGGCUGCACUGGUAAAUAUUUGCUUUGCAAAUGCGAUGGAGAAAUUGAUUAUCCUGAUAUUACAUUUACUUUAGAAGGUAAUAAAUAUCCUGUAUCAUAUAAAUCUUAUUUUCAAUUUUUUAGCAAUCAAACAUGCAUGCUGAUGAUCUAUUCUCACAAUUUAACUGUAUGGAUCCUAGGCGUUCCGUUUCUGAGGGAAUAUUAUAGCGCUUAUGAUAUGGAAAAUUUGCAGAUUUAUCUAGCACCUGCUUUAAAAGGGGACAAUGAAUCUGAUUCAAAAAAGCGACUAUGAGUGAUUAUUAUUGUAGUAAUUUUUGCAUUAUUUUCAAUAGCUGCUGUAGGACUAGUUUCUUAUUGCUUUUACAAGAAGAAAAGAAAUCCUAAAAAGAUGUUGUAUAAGUCAAUUGCAAUGAGCUGUGCAAUGACAUAUAGCCCGAGCAUCCUUUUGGCUCGGUCAAUCAAGGAGUUGAUUUUGCCAAUAAAUGUUGAUUUUACCAAUAAAUUUUGAUAAAACCACUCCCUGAUUUGACUUCAGAAAACGUCGAGAUAGCUCAAUCCAAAAUGAGGCUCAGGCUAUAG